AGGGCUUUUCCCAGAGAGCUAAAAGAGAAGGGCCCAAGAAUGUCGUCCCAGGCGGCAGGGAACCAGACUUCAUUCUUGGGGGCAACAGAUGACUACUACAACAGCUGGUACAUCGAUGAGCCCCAGGGGGACAAGGACCUCCAGCCAGAGGGGGCUGUGCCUUCCUGUGACCCCAGUGUGCCACCUGGCCUGUUCCAUGCCUGCCUGGCCUCGCUGUCGAUCCUCGUGCUGCUGCUGCUGGCUGUGCUGGUGAGGCGCCACUGCCUCUGGCCUGGCUGUGGGCAUGGCAGGCCCAGACUGCCCAGCCCUGUGGAUUUCUUGGCUGGGGACAGACCCCAGACAGUGCCUGCUGCUGUCUUCAUGGUCCUCUUCAGCUCCCUGUGUUUGCUGCUCUCUGACGAGGACCCGCUGCCCUUCCUGACCCUUGCCUCACUGCCCAACUCAGGUACCCAGCGCAGCCGUGGCCCCUGGAAGAUUCUGGCCCUGCUCUAUUAUCCCGUUCUCUACUACCCUUUGGCUGCCUGUGCCGUGGCCGGGCCCAGAGUUGCAUACCUGCUUGGCAGCGCACUGUCCUGGGCUCACUUUAGCAUCCAGGUCUGGCAGAGGGCAGAGUGUCCCCAGAAGCCCAAGAUUUAUAAGUACUACUCGCUGCUGGCCUCCCUGCCUCUUCUGCUGGGCCUUGGAUUCCUGAGCCUGUGGUACCCGGUGCAACUGGUGCGAAGCUUCAGCCACAGGACGGGAGCAGGCUCCAAGGGGCUGCAGAGCAGCCGCUCUGAGGAGUAUCUGAGGAGUCUUCUUUGCCAAAAGAAGCAGGAAAGCCGCUCCUGUCCUACCUCCAAGCAUGGCUUCCUGUCCCGGGCCUGGAGCUGCUGCCAACGCUACACCUACACUCCACAGCCAGGAUUCCGCCUCCCCUUGAAGUUAGUGAUCUCAGCCACCUUGACAGGGACAGCCAUUUACCAGGUGGCCCUGCUGUUGCUGGUGAGCGUGGUUCCUACCAUGCAGAAGGUGAGGGCAGGUAUCACUACGGAUGUCUCCUACUUGCUGGCUGGCUUUGGGAUCGUGCUCUCUGAGGACAGGCAGGAGGUGGUGGAGCUAGUGAAGCACCAUCUGUGGGCUCUGGAAGCUUGCUACAUCUCGGCCUUGGUCUUAUCUUGCACACUCACCUUCCUGCUCCUGAUCCGCUCGCUGACAACUCACAGGGCCAACCUUCAAGCUUUGCACAGAGGGGCUGCCUUGGACCUGGGCCCCCCACUCCAGAGCACUCGACCAUCCCACGAGGCCAUAUUCUGUUGGAUGAGCUUCAGCGCCUACCACACUGCCUUUACCUGCUUCGGGCUCCUGGUACAGCAGAUCGUCUUCUUCCUGGGGACUACAGUCCUUGCCUUCCUGGUGUUUGUGCCUGUGUUGCACGGCAGGAACCUCUUGUUCCUACGAUCCCUGGGGUCCUCAUGGCCCUUCUGGCUGACUUUGAUCCUAGCUGUGACCCUGCAGAACAUAGCAGCCCACUGGGUCUUCCUGAAGACUCACCAUGGAUACCCAGAGCUGACUAACCGGCGAGCACUCUACGCAGCCACCUUUCUCCUCUUUCCCAUCAACACGCUGAUGGGUGGGGUGGUGGCCACCUGGCGAAUGUCCCUCUCCGCCCUCUAUAACACCGUCCACCUCAGUCAGAUGGACCUCAGUCUGCUGUCAUCACGAGCUGCCACUCUGGACCCUGGCUAUUGCACAUACAGAAACUUCCUGAAGCUGGAGGCCAGCCAGUCGCAUCCUGCUGCGACGGCCUUCUGCGCACUGCUCCUUGCAGCUCGAAGUCCCCGCUUCCAGGCUCCAGUGGACCCCAAGGGAAAUCUCAGAACUGGGGAGGAAGAAGAAGGGUUGCAGUUGCUCCAGACAAAGGACCCUAUGGCCAAGGAAACGGGGCCUAGAACCAGCCGGAACAGGGCCCGCUGGGGUCUGGCCUACACGCUACUGAACAACCCAGCCCUGCAGGCCUUCCGGAAGACAGCUCUCUCAGGUGCCCAGGCCAAUGGUGCUCAGGCCUGA